AUGACCACGUCAAUGACGCAUCUGUGUGUCGUGCACACAGUCUGGAUCAGGCAAGGCCGCAAGGGCGACAAGGAGGGGGCCAACUCCUCUGCCAGCCACUACAGCGAACGCCUCUUCAUCAUUUGCAUUCGAGCAAAAUCCUCGCAUUGGUUGUGUCUGCAUUGUUUACGAGUCGUCACCCCCCCUCAACUUGGCAUCUGUAUACCUAGCGCAGCACAAAUAUCAGACACAUUCCCCUGCCAAUGCUCGGCGGCGGCGGCGUUCCCAAAAGUCAAGAGAGGGGGAAAAAAAAAAUUGCUCAAGAUACGGAGUACGCUGAUAACUUACGGUGCCCAAUGCCAACCAGCUAGAGCGGAGUACGGAAAAUGA